AUGAUUAGUUUCUGGAAACUUUUUAUUCUGCUUGCACUAUUUCUGCCUACUGGAAUUGAAGCAUGUCAUGCUCAAUUUCAGAAAGAAUUGCGAUAUUUAGAUUUGUAUUUGGGAAUUAAACCGGACAACAACGGAGAUAUUCCUGUAGAAGAAGCCGUUAAAUUUGCCACAUAUAUAGAGUCUCCGGAUGAGUUGAAUUGUGAUUUUGAAACAGAAUGUUUGUGGAGAAACGCGCCAACUGAUAAUCUAUUAGAUACAAGUGAUUGGUGGUAUUUUAAGAAAAACGAUGAGAAAACUUUCCCUGUACAAAUUCAACCUGGAAAUCCGAAAAUUCCAAAAGGAGAACAUUUUAUAAUUGCUGGAAAUACCACAAAAACAGCGAACGGUGCAGUGUUAAGCAGUGCUCCAGUUGCAUGCCAAAAAGGAUUUGCCAAUUUGACAUUCAGCUUCUGGUUGUAUAACAAUGCUCAAGUGGAAGUUGUGAUUCUACGUGCAAUGAAUAGAAGACGUCAUUUACAAGUUUUGAUGAGACCUAAAAUGAAAUGUGACUUUUUGGGAGCAGCAAACGAAGAGUGUCGUGUGGAAAUUCCACCAAUUAAGGAGCCAUUUAGAAUUGGAAUUCGUGCAUUCGAUUUGAAGGACAAUACAGUCGGAAGCUUAGCAAUCAUAGAUCAUAUUAGAUAUCACGGAAAGAUUUGUCAGCAGUCUCCUUUCCCUUCAUCUUUCUCCUCACUUCGAAUUCCUCCAUACGACAACAGCCCACUCGUCAGAAUGUCAGAUCUCAGUUGCGAAAGACCUUUGAGAUCUUGUAGAUGGGGAAAUGCAGCGAAAUCUCAAUUAAGUGAAUGGAGAGUUGGAAGAUCCAUUGACAGAUGGGUUGAUAUGUUUGAAAUAACUGCCAAUCAAUCUCAUCCCAAUUCAUCAUUCCUCUUCCUUGCUGUCGAUUCGUUUUCUCCUCGUCCUUAUUCUAGUCUUACGAGUCAAGUGAUUCCUUGCUCUCAAAGAACGACAAGUCUCUCAUUAAAAUACUGGAUGAAAACUGGAACUCAAGCUGAAAUCUGUGCCGUUGAUGAAGAUGGAAUUGCUUUGAGUUGUGCCUAUCUUGAACCAAAUGAUAGCCCUGGACCAAUAACUAUUGACCUAGAUUCCUAUUCGCAACCGUUCAAAUUCACAGUUGGAAUCAUUGCUUUCGAUGAAAAUUCAUUUGGAUUACUGGCAAUUUCCGAACUACGAGUUGCAGGUCUUCUUUGUUCGGAACCUGCUCCACCAAUUGUCACAACCAUCAGUCCUCCGACUAUCCAACACAUAUUUGGUUUACAACCUGGAAACGGUCGUUACGUUCCAUAUGAUCUAUCUCUGAAUUGUGAUUUUACAAAAGAUUACUGUAGUCAGUGGGUCAACUAUGAUGGAAUUGUGAAGUACGGUGUCAUGCCGAGAGAUUCUGAUGUUUUUCCAGUUCCAAAGGGAAUUAAAGGAAAUGUGGCUGUGUUUAUGAUGCAGAAUGCAACGGUUUCCGAGUUAAGAUCCCGAAUGGUUCCCUGUUCAAUUAACGGGAGAAUUGAUGUGGAAUAUAUGAGAUCCGAAGAUGCACAAGUAAGAAUUUGUGCUCUUGAGCAAUGUGUUGAUGGUAAUCAAACAAAUGGAAUAGUUUCAAUCGGUGUCUCGUCAACGACUCCAUUUUAUGUAACAAUUGAAACCUCGUCUCGUGACAAUGCAGUUGUAAUCAUUAGCAAGGUUUCAACAUCUGGAGAAUUCUGUCCAUUGAAAACAGCAGAACAAACUGUUUGCGAUCAGUUGGUCUGCGAUUUUAAACGUAAACAAUUUGAUGCUCGAAUUAUCAAAAUUGUAUUGUUUUCAGAUACAUUCUGUAGUUAUGAGACAAUUGUUGAGAAGCCAGGAGACGUUCCAGUAUUGAAAACUGGGAAUGGAGCAAGUGUUACAUUGAAUGGAGGUGGUAUUCGUGCAGUUCUUGUCAGUCCAACAUUUGAUCUUGCUUAUCCUUCUAUUCUCACUAUAACUCUUUCACAAUCGACAUUUGGAUCUCGAGUUCUUCUGUGUCCAGAUGUUACAAGUGAUCCAACACUGUGUCAUGAAUUGAGUGGACCACGUGUUCUUGACUCUUCUGAUAAGCAGGUUAUGUUCCCAUUGGAUAUUGGUGCUCGAUCUUUCUCUCUUGUCCUUCUACAUGAUAAAUCAAUCGAAUUCGGACCAGCAACAUUCAAUAUAAAAUCCAUGCAUUUGAGAACGGUCAACGAUGAAGAGAUGUGUUUCUGA